GACAGAGUGAGACUCCGUCUCAAAAAAUAAAUAAAUAAAUAAAUAAAAAUAAAAUAAAGCGUUUAGGGUGAACUCACUGCCCACCAAGGGCUUCAGGUCUCAGGAGGCCCGACGGGCCCAGUCUUGGGCUUGUCCUGAUUUGCCCAACUGUCCUGAGGGAGACUAAAGCAGGCAAAGGAUCCAAGUGAAUAUCAGAAAUGAAACAAUUUUAAAAAAACAACAGAAAAGAAACGGCAAAAGGCAACCGGGGAACUGAGAAAGAAUUGGGUUGGUGGAGCUCACAGCCCAGAAAUCUCAGUGAGGGGGCGUGGAGGGUGGCAAGCCCCACUCCUUCCUGUUUAUUGUCCUGCUUUGCUCCUCCAGGGUUAAGUACGGUGUGCCUGCUUCAGGGUACACCCAGGAAUCGCUAAUGGGUGAUAAUGAGGGUGUCCCGCCCCAAUACCUAUACUUGUCAAUAAUUAACCAUGAUUUCCUAGGUUCUGGGAGGAGGUAGUGGCACCUGGCUGCCCUGACUGGCUUAGCUCAUGGGGCACCUCUGGCAUAGCCAUUCCAAGGUGUCUGUGUGCUUCCAGGCUAUUCUAAGGAUGGGUACCUCCCAAGGCAUAAGGGAACUUGAGAACUAACCUUUACCCAUGUCCCUGAUCCUAGCCAGAGACAGACUCCCAGACUCAGCCAGAGGCUGAUGCCGACCCCUUCCAGCUCUCACGGUAACCACGAGGCCCCUGCGUGCUUCUGUUGUGGAGGUCCCAGAGGGAGCUGUGUGGACAGACAACCUGAAGGGUCAUCUGCCUCAAGCCACAGCGGCACAGAAGUCUAAAGACUGUGGGGAAGGAUGGGGCCAAGGUGGGCUUGGGCUCCUUGGUGAGGGGGCCCAAGCAGCUAAGCAGGGGUGGAGGUUACCAUAAACUUGUUCAUCACCAGCCACAGUGCUUUGCCUGCCCUAGAGAGUCAGUGUGACCAAGACUUCCAUGCAGGGGUGUGAUGGAACUGGAUUCCAGAGGGGGAAAAAGUCUUCAUUUAGUAUUUGCCAAUUUUCAUGGUGUAACUACUUCCACCAAGUCUGAUUUCAAGCACCAAUUGGUUUAACAAUUGACCCACCAAAUUCCUGAAUAUUUAACAAGCAGCUCUUUCUCCACUGCCCACCAAGACCCCUGCCCCCAGCGCUUAUGCUGUACCUCUCCCAGCCCAGCACUCCACCUCCCUGUCCUUGCAAAAUGCCCUUCUCUGGCCGCUGGAAAGCCUGAGACCUGGGGCCAUGGAAGCUCCUGUGCUCCAGGGUCCUGGGCGGAGCUGCUCUGCUUCCCAGGUUGUCACGCUGCUCACGGAAUGAUGUGUGUGAAACGACUUUGCCAAAGUGAACACCAAACCCACUCAAAUGAGGUCCCAAGGGACCACCAAUUUCUAGUCUAAGCGCAGCGGGGAGACUGGAAUUCAAUGUCUACCACUAUGGUUUGAAAAGCUGGUUCAGGGCAUUUAGCAGUCCCAGCUUGUCAGCUGACAGGCCACCCUGCCUCGCUCCUCCCUUGGUCGCAUGCUAACCUCCUCACUCAUUUCCACUUCCAGGGGACCAGAUGUGCGGAGGGAAUGGAUACCAGGGAAUCGGGAAACCACUGGGUCAGCUCUUUGAGUCACAGAACAGCACUCAUCCCAGCAGCUGGGAAGCUAUCUGCAAAAGCCCAUCUGCAGAAGGGGCUUCCUGGCCUUGCGUGUGGCUGGGCCAUUUCUCUGGAUGCAGGGUUUUCAUUAUGCAAUCUUCUCAAAGAACCACCUGCUCUCAACACCUUCUCAGUGACUCCAUUUCCCCCUCCUCUGGGCUCCUGGAAUGCCACAAUGGCCCCACCUUAGCCAGGCAGCUGUGAUGAGAGGUGUUGACCCAGCUGCCUCUCCGCUGGCUCACUGAAUCAGGUGGAAGGGGCUGGGGACAGCACAGUCUUGCAGUGCGGUUGGGGACCUGGGCUAUCCAGAGGCAGGACUGUCCAGAGGCAGGGUACUGCUGGGAUUCUGCCAGGCACUGAGUGAUGCAUGGCAUAGGGAGCUGGAGAGGGACAGGCUCUUGGCCAGGAAAAACAGCCCCAGAGCCACAGGUGUGCCGUCGAGUCUUCCUCCUCUCCGAUCCUUAAUCAUUCCUGUUUGGUGACAGCACACAGCUAGGCCUGGAGCCCAGCAAAGAGCCCCUGGGUCCCAGAGGAAGUUGUUCUGGGGGCUGGAGACAAUCACAAAUGCCAAGUUUGCGAGCCCCAGACUCUGGUUCAUAGCGAGAGGCAGACUUGUGAACGAACCACCAGAGCACACUGUAAAACACGCUCAACCAGGAGUGGGUGCCCUUGCUAGGGACAGGCAGAAGGCUCCGUGGAGCAACAUUUGAAUGCGGACAUAAAAGUGGAUCCCUUCAACAGCCCCUGCACAGCCCCAAGUCAGGCCUCCAGCCCUUGGACUCACAGAUCGCCCCUGUAGACGCCUGGAGGUCCUCCGGUGCUACCCUUUACCCCUGCAGUGGAGGGGCACACAGCCAGAGCCCUCCAGGUCCUCACCACUGGCAUCGCCAACAUGGUGGAAGGUUUUCCUCUCAAAAUGAAAAGGGACUAAAUUUCCCCAUGAUCUUUCCACAAAUGACCAUGUUGGGAAGUGGGAAAGGAAGGGCUGCAGGGCCUGGGGCAGGGACCCUUGGAACAGUUCUUGGAAAUGGAGGGGUAAAUAGAGUGGAGACAACGCUCAUGGAGUCCAGUAUGAGCCUACCCAGAGUUGCUCGGCCACCUCUGCCUCUGAAUCAGGGGUGAUCAAUGAAGGAAAAUUACUGCAGCAAUUGAGUCCAUGUAAGAUGAUUGUGCACGUGUGUGUGUGUGUGCGCGUCCCCUCACUCAAAAAAGACCAUUUCUGUGCGUUCUUGAUUCUGGGAUCCUCCUCUACCUCCCUCUGUAGGAAAUCCCAUAGGAUCCCAUACCUGCUUUAGAAUGUGUGUGAGACACUUCCCAGUGCCUGGCACGUGGUAGGAGCUCUGUACAUGUAAACUCUUUUCCUUUGACCACUCAAAGUAGUCACUUGUGGGGGAGGCCAACAGGGGCUUCCCCGGUCUCAGAGCUGAUGGGCAUCCGGUCCCUGCCUCCGUCUUCCUUCUCUGGCUGAUGACAAAUACCUGAAUGUCAUCACAUCCUCCAUGUGCUCAUCUGUUAUUCUGGAACACAGGCUGGGGAGGGUACAGGGUAGCCCCCUUCAACAGAGGCCAGCCUUUCUUGGGAUGUGGGCUGGCUGGUGUUGGUCCAAGGAUGGAUGCGGAGGGUGAGGCACCCAUCCUGCUAGUCGGGCUGGAUGCUGGCAGGAGGGCGGAGCGAGGAGGGGCGGAGCUUCCAGAACAAAGAAGAAUGGGGAGCCCGGGGGCCAGCCUAGGAAUCAAAAAGGCUCUGCAGAGUGAGCAGGCCACAGCACUCCCUGCCUCUGCCCCAGCAGUCAGUCUGCCAACGGCACCUGCUCCCUCCUGCUUGCCCAAGGCUGGGCAAGUCAUCCCCGCUCUGCUUCCAGAGGCCCCGUUUUCCAGCGUGAUUGCGCCGCCACUGCUCUGUGGGUUUCUCUUCUUGGCGUGGGUUGCUGCUGAAUUUCCAGGGGAGAGCAGCAGGAUGGCCGGGAGCAGCGCCAGGAGUGAGGAAGGCCGCCGGCAGCAUGCCUUUGUCCCGGAGCCUUUUGAUGGGGCCAAUGUCGUCCCAAACCUCUGGCUGCACCGCUUUGAAGUCAUCAACGACCUCAACCAUUGGGACCAUAUCACCAAGCUAAGGUUCCUGAAAGAGUCCCUCAGAGGAGAGGCCCUGGAUAUCUACAAUGGGCUCAGUCCCCAGGACCAGGGAGACUACGGGACUGUGAAAGAGACCCUCCUGAAGGCCUUUGGGGUCCCUGGAGCUGCCCCCAGCCACCUGCCCAAAGAGAUCGUCUUUGCCAACAGCAUGGGUAAGGGCUACUAUCUCAAGGGGAAGAUUGGUAAAGUGCCCGUGAGGUUCCUGGUGGACUCUGGGGCCCAGGUCUCUGUGGUCCACCCAAACUUGUGGGAGGAGGUCACCGAUGGCGAUCUGGACACUCUGCAGCCCUUUGAGAACGUGGUAAAGGUGGCCAAUGGUGCUGAAAUGAAGAUCCUGGGUGUCUGGGAUACAGCAGUGUCCCUAGGCAAGCUGAAGCUGAAGGCACAGUUCCUAGUGGCCAAUGCAAGUGCCGAGGAAGCCAUCAUCGGCACUGAUGUGCUCCAGGACCACAACGCUGUCCUGGACUUUGAGCACCGCACAUGCACCCUGAAAGGGAAGAAGUUCCGCCUUCUGCCUGUGGGAGGGUCCCUGGAAGAUGAGUUUGACCUGGAGCUCAUAGAGGAGGACCCCUCCUCAGAAGAAGGGCGGCAGGAGUUCUCCCACUGAGAAGCCCCCUUUUCUCUAACCUCCUAAAUAUUGGUGGGAAGGCCCACCACUGUGGUGGGCGGGGGGCGCAUAUCCUCAGGGGGAUCACUGGGCUUGGCCAAUCCGCGUAUCAACUCUUGCUCUUCCCUCCUCUCUUCCUCCCUCUGCAGGGGCCUUAAUUUGCCCUUGGCUGGGGAGGCUUCCACUGAACAGGCACAGGUGAGGGAGAUCAGGCUGUCUUAGAGGGACAGGGUCCUCAUGGUCAUCAAGCUGCUAUUGAUGACAAAGACUCGAAGGCUGGAAGAGCUCCCAAGGAAGCUAGAAAUGCUUGUCUUUGAAAGAACUGUGGGACCCCUUCAGAUCCCCUGAGGUAUGGCUUGGUCACUCUCAGGUUCUCAGAGCCUGUCUCAGCUGGGCUGGGUCCUAGCUGCAGGGUCUUUGUGAGGGUCACAGUUGCUCUGAGACACUGCCUGAAGAGCCUUUCCACCUGUACAAUGGUAUUUUCUGUCUAUCAUUUGCUUUGAAGCCCAUUGUGCCUUGUGCCAAUAAUUCAAUUGCUGCAAACACCAAUAAAGAUUGAUUCAUGGAAAAACCA